CAACACUACUGUUUUGUCUCAUAUCUCUUCAGCUAUUUUUUCUUCACCUACUUGGGAAAAUCAAAAAGGUUUAAGAUGAGCAUCACUGACAUCCUCAGCCCUUCUGAUAUUGCUGCUGCCCUGAGGGACUGCCAAGCCCCCGAUUCCUUCAGCCACAAAAAAUUCUUUCAGAUCAGCGGAAUGUCCAAAAAGAGCAGCAGUCAGAUCAAGGAUAUCUUCCGGCUCUUAGACAAUGAUCAAAGCGGCUUUAUCGAGGAAGAUGAGCUCAAGUAUUUCCUCCAGCGGUUUGAGUGCGGAGCCAGAGUAUUAACUGCUUCAGAAACCAAGACUUUUUUGGCAGCUGCAGAUCAUGAUGGGGAUGGCAAAAUUGGGGUUGAAGAAUUCCAGGAAAUGGUGCACUCCUGAAGGACUGAAGGCAACAGAGAAAGAAACAGAAAGGGGAGGGGGGAUGAAUCUGCAGGAGAUGAUACUCUAAAACUCUGUAAAUCAGGGAGUCCCCUUGUUUAUUUAUUAAUCUUCACAGUGUCUGUUAUUUGUUUGCUGCUCUAGUGAGGUACCAAAGCACCAGUUAAUAUUGAUUUUUGAUAAUGUGGACCAUCUUACCAUGUUCUAGGAAUACAUUUCAGCAGACACUGCCCUUAAAAUUAACCAAUAAAUAUAAAUUUCUCAUCACAUGCUGCUGCCUGUGUUUGAUCUUUCUGACCACCACACUGGAACAUGUGUGAAUUCUUAAACUAAAAGUGUUAAUCUCUGAAAGAUACGAUUCCCACUCCAGCCCUCCAUCGGCAGCCCUUCUGUUGAAGUCAAUGGAAGUUCUCUUGUUGGGUCAAGCCCAAAUUUUCAACCAAACUGUUGACCGUCAAAGACUAAGUCCUGUAGCUUUUACUCAGGAGGAUAUGGGGGAAAGAAAUCUCUGCCUGACUUCCAAUUAAAAAACAUUCAUGGACUUUUGCCUAAGAAAGAGCUUCAGGAUGGGGCUGUCACAAUAUCAUGCAGACCCUUGAUAAGGACAAUAAACUAUCCAAAUAGGAGAUAACAGCUUUCUGCUUGAUUUUGUCUUAGUAAUUUAGGCUCAGGACUAUGCUCUCCUGAGGAAGGGACAAAAUCAGAAGAAAACCCACACAUAUUUGAGGCUGCAGAGAAGUUGUCAUAUCAUGGAGUCUUCAAAAUCGCAGAGAAGGCUAAUGGCCUUCCUCUAACCACAGAUUUCUGAGAAAAUCCCUCAGGUAUAGCCCUGGUGUACACU